UGAAGCUGAUCUAAAAUGGUGAGAAAGAAGUUCUCUUUCAUAAGUCAUACUUUUAACUUGCAGCACUCCGCCAAUAUGCACACCUUGGUUUUCUUCGUUCUGGCCACGAGCACUUGUCUGGCGUACUACGGUGGGUACGACUCUCGGAAUCUAAUCGUUAGAGAAGAACCACAAGAUGAAAUGGGCGGUGAGCUAGUGGAAUGUCCCGUGUGCUUGGGAGCAAGAAAUGGCGAGUGGCUGCCUAGCAACGAGGUGUGCCCCAUCAUGAGAGGCAACAAGAGGUACAAGAGGUGCCCACGAGGCACCUACGUCAAUGAAGUGUGCGACAACCGACUUGACUGCUACAGGGGACCCCGGGAACAGUGUACCGAAAAGAUGGACUUCGAUGUCUACGGACAGAAGUGCGCCCCCGGAUACUACUGCAACAAAUACCUCGGCGUAUGCACUGGACUGGAAUACAACGUGGACAGCAAAACCCAGUGGCUACUCAACCCAAACAGGCGGUACCCGCUGCGAGCACGGCGCGCUGCGUAAAUCCGUUAACACUAGACUUUUUAAAAAUCGAUUCGCAUUAACACGUUGACAAAGACCAUGGCCGCGACUGAAUACUUGGUCUCAUUAGAUUUAUUUUUACAUCCAAGAUUUACAUGUAUUGAAUUAUUUUCUUGCUUAGGCUUUAAUAGUUAUACAAAUAAUAAUAGUUGCUUACUUCCUUUGUUAGAUAAGUUAUUGCUGUGAUAUUAUUAGAUUCUUAAGUUGCGUUGAUCUCAUUUUAAUGUUU